AUGGUGGAAGUACAGAUUACAAGCAGUGCUGUCAUUUCAUUUCCAGAAUGUUGAACUGGAAGCCCAGCGCUGCCGUGGGGCUGAAAUGGAUGCCAUGCUGGCAGAGAAAGAAAAGAAGUUAGCUGAAAGAGAUGCUUAUAUCAUCGAUUUACAGAUAGCGUGUGGAUCAAGUGGUCCUGCCAAUGAAAUACUCUUGCCCAAUGAAGAAUUGAAGAAUCAGCUGGCUGUUAAAGAGUCAUCACUGCAAAGCAUGCAGAUUCUAGUUCAGAACCUUACCAAGAAGGUUGGAGACAGUGAAGAAAAAUGUAGCUUGUUCCAAGAAGAGAUUGAGAGUCUUAAAAAUAUUCAGAGUAAAGAAAGAGAGCGUUUCCAAGGAAAAGAAGCUACAUUUAUGGAAAAUGUACGUGUGUUUCAAAAUAUUAUCCAGGAAAAGGAAAAGGAACUGGAAGUACAAAGAGAAAAGCAUGAGCAGGAGCUCUUUAAAUUAGCUGCUAAAUCUGAUGCAAGUGCUGACCUAGAGCACCUACUAAAGGCCUUGAAACAGAAGCUCCAUGAAAAGGAAGAAGUCAUGCUGGGAAGGACACAGGUGAUCGAUGUCUUGCAAAAAGAACUAGAUGCCAAGGACCAGCAGUUGAAAGAGAUUAAUGAAAACGUGAAACGUCUUCUGUCUGAAAAAGAAAACCUCCAGUCUAAACUGGAUGCUGAGAAACAUGUAAUGAGAGCCCAGUUGAGAGACAUGAUGGAGAAACAUGAGCUUGAAAUGACAAAAGUUAAGGAGAAAUAUAAUGCUGAACUGCAUGAAAUUCAAGAGAAACAUGAAACUGAGCUGCAAGAGAAAGAUCAGGCCCUGUUUCAGCUUAAGAAACAAGUGGCAGAAUUAAGCGGUAGUGGACAGACUAACUCAAACGAAGUUAGAGAUCUGGAGUCUAUAACCAAAGAGAAGAUGGAAGAUUUAGAAGCACAAGUGAAAUUGAAAACGGAAGAAUUUUCAUCAAAGAACAAUGAUGUAUCUGCCUUAAGCAAUCGUGUCUCAGAAUUAGAAAUUGAAAAUGAAGAACUCCAGUCAAAACUGCAAUCAUUAUAUGAAAUCAGAACUCAAAAUGAAGAAUUGCUCGCUAAGCUGGAAGUCUAUGAAGAGCAGCAGAGGAAAUUGCAAGCUGAUCUGGACCAAGUUACAAAAAGGGCAGCUUCACAGGCCAGUGAAUCAGGUAGUGUGGAUGAAUUGCAGAGUCAGCUCCUGGAGUGGCAAGAGAACAUACCAGAGUCAGAGGAGUCCCGUGAUCAAGUCAGAGAAGAGAAAUCUGCCAUGGCCUUGAGAAUGGCUCAGAUUGAGGAGGAGAGAGAAGCCAUGGUCUCAGGGCAACAGGAGCUGGAGGAGGAACUGACCACAGGUCAAGGAAUGGGCAGGCUGCAGCAGGCAAGAAGAAAAACCAAUCAGAGCAGCAGGAAGCUUCAGGAAGAAUACAGCUUUGAUAGAAAACAAUGCUUUCAAGAAUUGAACAUCACCUUGGAUAGCGCUGAUUCGGCUGAAGGAGAAAAUAUGGGAGGUUUACGGAGUGUGGUUGAAGAGUUGGAACUGGAAAGAAAUCAACUGCAGGAACAAAUUCUUUUUCUUGAAGAGCGUUGUCAGGAUUUGGAAGAUAGAUUGCAGCUUCAAGGUAGAAUGGAGGCUCUUCAGAAUGAAAAUGAACGUUUGCAAACUCAACUCACCCAGUUACGCAACCAACAAACGCGAGAUGCAGAAAAGCAUCAAAUUCUGAUCUCUGGCUUGAAUGAGCAGCUUAAAGGUUUAAAUGACAGAAAUAGCUUCCUUGAAACUUCACUUGGAGAAAAAGAACAGAAACUGUUGAGCAUGGUAGAAAAACUAGAACAAAUUGAAAGUUUUAAGAAACUGCUUCAAGAAAAGGAUCUUCUGAACAAAGAGCUUGGUGAAAAGUUUGUAUAUACUGAACAAAAGCUGAAUGAAACCUUAAAGAAGUGCAAUGUAUAUGAAGUGGAGAACACUGAGCAGAAAACAGUCAUCAGUGAUCUAACAGAAAAGGUUGCUACACUGAAGGAAAAGACUCUGAAACAAGAUGGCGUCGUAGAAUCAAUGCAGUUGGAUCUGGACCAGACAAAUGAAGAGCUUGACAAAUUGAAUACAAGCCAUUUAGAGGAAAGAUCUCAACUUAUUCAAGAUCUCCAGAAACGUGAAAGAGAAAUAGAUAAUCUUAAAGAAGCUCUUGCAGAAAAAGACAGAGAGAUGUCUGUCCUGUCUUUGAAUAUGACAGAAUAUUCUGAACAGGUUAUCAUUCUGAAGCAGCAAGUGCAAUGCAAAGAGGAAGAAAUACAAGUGAUGGAAGAGGCUUUAUCAAAGGCUGAAAGGGAAACUCAUUUAUUGAAAGAAGUACAAACAACUGGUGUAAGAGAUGCAAGUGUGAAGCUAUCUGUGCUUUCUGAGGAAGCUAAUACAAUGAAACUAGAGCUGGAAAGAGUUAGAGUUGAGAAUGAAGCUAAAACCAAAGAAAAUGAGGAAUUAAUAAGACAAAGCAGUGAGAACAGCAUUACAAUUAAGGAUCUCCGUUCUGAAAUCAAAGCCAACAGUGUUGCAUACCAUAACAAACUUGCGGAGUGUGAGUCACAAAUUACUUUGCUGAAAGAACAAAUCAGUAAAUCAUCUGAAAAGCUACAAGAAGCUGAGGAUAAACAGAGAAAAGAAACUGAGUAUUUGAAAUCUCAGCUUGAGGAAAACAAUACUCUAAAGGAAAAAUGGAACAGUUUGCUUAAAGAGAAAGAGAGUAAAGCACGGACGCUUGAAAAUGAGUUAAAAUCAAUUAAAGAUUUAUACAACAAACUGGUUUUGGAAACUGCUAAAAAAGAUGAAGAGUUGGCUGAGUUAUCUAGGAAGCUUAUAGAACAUACUGAACACCAGGAAACAAUUAAAAAAGAAUUACAGGAGAGACAGGAGUUCAUUAUUUCAUUAGAGCAGAAGCUUGGGGUUUUGGAGCAGCAAAAUGAAGAAACUAAACUUAAAUUAACUGGAGAUCUGAAAGCCAAAGAGACAUGUUGCAAAGAACUUAAUAACCAAUUAAAUGAAAUACAUAAACAAAUUAACAAGAUGGAUAUAGAGACACGGGAGAAAGCUUCAGCUAAUCAGCAGUUGCAGGCAGAACUUGAAGGGAAAGAAGAAAAAUUGAAAAUCCAGGCUCUAGCAGAAAUAGAGAAUAAGUUAUCUGUUAGCACUGCUGAGUAUGAAAAAACUCUUUCGGUACUAAAUUGUGAUAAAAACACUCUGGCAAAAGAGUUUGAACAACUUUCAAUACUUGCUGAGCAAAAACAAAAUUCAGUUGCAGAACAGCUGCAAGAGAAAACAAAGGAAUGUAAUGUGUUAGCCGAUCAGUUGUUUGAAAGCAAGGAACAGACACAACAGUUGCACGAACAAAUGCAAUCACUUCUCAUUCAGCUGAAGGAUACUAGAGAUAAAGGAAUAAAGAAAGAAGAAAUGUUAAAUAAUAAGUUAUCUGAAUGCAGUAGCCUAAUCCAAGAACUCAGCCUUAGUAAGGAAAAGAAUUUACUACUGCAGGAACAAAUUCAAAGCGUAACUUUGGAUUUUGAAGCUGCGAACAGGUCUCUAGAAGAGAAAGCCCUUCAAAAUGAUUCAUUUUGUAAGGCAGUAGAAGAGAGUAAGCUUUAUAUUGUAGAGUUGCAAGAUGAAAUAAAAAAUCUUAAAGAUGAAAAAACAAAGUUAUCUCAGUUGGUAGAGGAGAGAGACCUGACUGUAAAAAGUCAGGGUUCAGAACUUGAGAAGUUCCAUAGGCAAGUUUCUGAAAAAAUGGAAGAAACGGCAGUGUUAAAUAGUCAGCUGCAGCAGCUGAGCCAAGAAGUGCAUGUGCUUAAGCGUGAUAAGGAGGACUUUUCAAGCUUAUUGAGCAAGAAGUCACAUGAAUGUGAAGUUCUUCAAUCACAGUUGGUACAGCAACAGUCUGAAAUUACUUUAGCAAGGCAACAAGCACAUACAGCAGCUCUAGAAAAUGAAAAAUUGAAAGUAGACAUUGAAACAGUUAAAGUUAUGGAAAUGAAGAAGUCAGAUGAAGUAGCUGCUUUAACUUCACACUUGUCCCAACAGAGCCAUAAUAUCUUAGCUCUGAAGGACCAAAUUGAUGGCCUCUUGAUUGAAAAAGAAAACUUAAAAAUUGUCUUUGAAGAAAAAGAAACUCUCCUUUCUGAAAAGGAGGCUUUGAUUCAACAAUUGAAAAACAGUAAAAUGGCAGGAGAAGGGCAAUAUAUGCAAAUCAUUUCAGAUCUGCAAAACCAAAUACAAGCCCUAGGUUUUGAGAGCAGCCAGCUUAGACAUGCAAUGCAGGAAAAAGAAAAUGAAUUUAAGAGGCAAGCCCAAGAAUUAAAGUUACUAAAAGAUAAAUCUGAAGAGUCUGAUGUACUUAGGGUUCAACUGUCUGAGAAUAUGGAGGUUAUUUCUGACCUUCAGUAUCAGCUUAGAAAUGUGACAGAAAAGUCAUCCCAGUUGAAUGAUUCAAUUAUACAGAAGGAUAAAUCUUUAAAACAGAAGUUAGAUGAAUGCAUCAGUUUGGAAGCACAGCUUUCUGAGGUACAGGAAUCUUCUGUUUUGCAGCAGAAUCAGUUGGAGCUUUUAGCCUCUGAAGCAGAACAAUUAAAAGUACUUGUUUCAGAAAAAGAAUUAACUAUCAACAAUAUUUCAUUAUCUAGUGAGAAUUUAAAGACACAACUUCAAGAGAAAGAAAAUGAAUGUGAGAUCUUAAAGAAACAGUUGAUAGAGCUGGAGGAAGCAAAAGUGAAUUUACAAAAAGAAAUACAACAUCAGAAGAAUGUAAUAAUUGAGAUAGAGCAGUCCUUAUCAGAAAAGACGUCAUCUCUUAUGGAGAAUCGAAGUCUCCUCAAAACUCUGGAGGAGAAAGCAAGGAAAGAUGAAGAGAAGACAAAUUUAAUUUCUCAGCUCAAUGUUCAGGUACAUGAACUAACUCAAGAACUACAGAAAUCUAAAGAACUAGCCCAUGAGAAAGAAAAUGCCUUUUUAUCUCUUCAGGAGAAAAUUGAAACACAGUAUGAACUAAGGACUGAGUUGAAUGCAGCUCUUGGGAAAAAAGAAGAAAUUAUUGCUGGACUGCUUAGUUCUUUAAAGGAGAAAGAUACUAGUAUACAGUUGGCCGAUAGCAAUGUUAAUGUUCUUUCUAGUGAGAUUGAGGUUCUCAGAGAAAAAUUAGUGAUAAGUGAUACAGCCAUGGAAAACCUUACUAAGGAAAUUAAGGAAAAGAACAAGAAGCUUGAUGUUAAUCAGAAGAAAAUUGAUUCUUUGACAAUUGAACUUGAUUCUCUAAAAAGUGAACACCAGAAAGCACUAGACCAAAUAAGUACAUGGCAAGAAGAAUUACAGCAAAAAGAACUGGCUGUGGAGCGUCUGUGUGUGAAGUGCACUGAACAGGCAGAUAACAUAGCGUGUUUGAAGUUAGAGUUAAACAGUGUGAAUUCCAAAUCAUCUCAAGACUGCCAUGACAAUGUGCUUUUAAUAGAUAGUCUGCAGUGCCAGGUAGAGUCUUUGGAGAAAGAAAAAAGCCAGUUGCAAGAAGAUGCUGAUAGACUGAUGGCUGAAAAUGCACAGCUGACUGCAUCCCAAAAUAAUUUGCAAAAGAAAUUGGAAGACCUCCAAGAAAUCAAUGAAAAAUUAGAAACGAGUGAGAAUUAUUCAAGAAUGCAGAUAGAUGCUGUCAAACUGCAGAUGAAGACUGAAAAUGAGAAGUUACAGAUGCAGGUUAGUGCGAAGGGUGAAGAACUUUCUAAAUUAGAACUUAAAUUUGAAACUCUAGAACAGAGUCUACUUGAGUCAGAAAACAAAUGGGUGACAGAACUUGAUAGGGCAACUUUACAAAAUAGUAAUCUUACUGAGCAAUUGAGCAGUUUAGAAAGUGAAAUGAAAUCAAAGGAUAGCAAAAUCCAGUCUUUACAGCAAGAGCUGGAUAUUUUAAAAGAGGAGUUAACUCAAAGCUUAUCUGCAUUACUUAGUAGUAGGCUUUUCUGUAAAGAAAAGAAGGCACAGACUUCAGAUUCUGAACUGCAGCUAACUGAUAGUAAAAUUCAGUUGGAAAAAUUCUCCACUCUGAUAAAAACUAUUUUGAGCAAAGAAACAGAAGGAGAACAAUUGCAACUGGUGCUUUUAGAAAAACAGAAAGAAAUAGACACCAUGAAAGAUGAAUUAAAAAGUAUGCAUUUGCUUGAGAAGCAGAAGGAGUUGCUGCAGAAUGAUUUUGCAACAAUGAAGGGCAAAUACAAAUCUGAAGUUGAAUGUCUGUCAAAAGAAAUAGUUGCAGUGAAGGAAACAUUAUAUAAACAGCAGUCUCUCUUGCAAGAAAGAGAGGAGUCUUUUGCAGAAAUAAAUAAGCAGGUUGAAUUUCUUCAAGACAAGAUAAAUAAAUCAGAAGAAAUAGUAAGAACCAGUCAAGAAAAACUGCACAUUGAAGGUAAAAAAGUAGCAAGUCUCCUUGAAGAAAUGGGAAAAAAAGAUCAACUCAUUGAAAACUUAACUUCCCAGUUAAAUCAGCAGAAGGAUUUAGUUUCUGGUCUAAGCCAGCAACUGAAAGAAAAAGACUGUUCUGUUACCCAGAUCAUGGAAUCACUGUCUAAUGAAAUGCUGAAUUUUUCAGAAGAGAGAAAUAUAUUAAAUACCAAACUGCAAGACCUUGAAGCUGUUCAUAAUAGUUCUGUAGGAGAGCUAAACCGCACAUUGAAGGAACUUGAGGAUUGUAAGAAAGAACUGGAACAUAGUCGCAUUACAUUAAGCAGUAGAGAAGCUGUGUUUAAAGACUUAAUGCAUGAAAAAGAGGAGUUGCAGUUUAAUCUAGAGAAAAUGGGCAAGGAAAAAGAGAAUCUGAAAAAGAAACUUCAAGCAGCACUGAUAAUAAGAAGAGAUCUAAUGCAAAAAGUUGGAAAACUAGAGAAGAGUGGACAGGAAGAAAUAGAAAAAGAGCAAAAAAAGGCAGAAGAGCUGUUGAAGAAAGUUAAUGAGUUAACAGACAAGCUGAAACUAGUUGAACUACAAAAUAAAGAUUUUGAGUCUCAUCUUGAAACUUUGAAGCAACAACUUUUAGAAAAGGAUGCCAAAAUAAGUGAUUUGACUGAAGUUCUGUCUUCAAAAGCUUCUUAUGUAGAGGAACUAAAGGACAAUAUUGCAGAACUAAAUGAUAUCCUUGUUGAAAAACAAAAUAUAUGUGAGCAGAACCUAAAAUCUUUAGAGAAAAACAACUGCAUGCUUGCCUACAUGCAGUCUGUGCUUGAUGAAAAAGUAAGUGCAUAUGAAGAGGAACAUUCUCAGCUGCUCUUAACUCUUGAAAGGGUGAAGUCUGAAGUUAAGAAGAAAGAAGAACUGUUGAAAAAUUCCAGUUCAGGUGGGCCUGGUUCAAGUGCUGGGGACAGGAAGAAGUGUCUGGACACCGACAAUGACAUUAAUAUAAUGAAUCAGUUGAAAAAAGAAAAAGAAACGUUACAGAGGGAGCUUUUGGUCAAGAAAGAAGAUAUUAAAAGAUUUCAGAAAGAAAGAGAAGAACACACUAAACUUGCAGCAGAUUUUGAUGAACAGAAAAACCACCUUGAGAAACUCAAACAAGAACAUAAAGCACUCUGGGAAGUUCUUCAAACAAAAUGUAAAGAACUUGACUUUAAUCAGUUAGACAAGUACCCUCUGGGGAAAGAGCUGGCUUCACCUAAGGAAGUGCUGGGGGAAGAAGCAGCUAACCUAAGGAAUUCAGAAUCAGACAAACCAAGAAGCAAGGUCCAGGUUGCAUCCUUAGAAGAGUCAGAAAACAUAAUUGCUUCAGUGGCAAGUAAAGACACUGAGUUAAAAGAAUUAAGAAGUAAUUAUGCAAAACUUCAGGAAGAAACAGAAGUGUUGAAGAAAGAGUUGAGAAAAAUAUCAGUUGAAUUUGGUGAUGAAAGAGAAGAAACAGUCAGCUUAAACCCUUUGAGACAGCAGGAGCAGUACCAGGAGCAAUGUAAGAACAGCUUCCUGGAGGACAUAAAGCAGAUACAGAGAAAGCUGAAAGCAUAUAAGGCUGAAGCUACAGACAUUAAGACAGCAUUUGAAUGUGUGAAUAAUGAGAAAGAAACACUUGUUAAAAAAAGCGAAGAGGAUUACAAGAUGAGCCAGGAGAAACUGCAGAGAUUGAGAACUGAAGCUAUGGAGGAGGUUGCAGAAAAGAAUGAUGAAAUAGAAGCACUGCGUUGUUCACUUAGGGAUUUCAAAGAUAAACAUGAUCUGGAAAAGGUAUUAUUGAAUGAAGCUAUAAAAAACUGCCAAGAAGAAGCCCACCAUUACAAAACAGCAUUUGAAGAAAUGAAGAGUGAAAAAGAGAAAUUUCUCAGUUGUUUAGAAAAGUCUGAUUUGGAACUAAUUAGUAUGAAAAAAGAGGUACAACAUUUCAGUGAAGAAAACAAAAAACUUCUGACAGAGCUAGACAUGCUACGUGAGAAGGCUGAGAUGAGUAGACCAGUGGUGUCAUGCAAAGACCUUAAGGAAGAAAAUGAUACUGAAAAAGAAUUGGGAGAGAAACAAAUGCAAGUUAUUGAAGAGCCACUGGCAAAAACUGCAAAUGUGAAUGAUUCUAAACCACAAGAGCAAAGAGCUACAGCAGAAGAGAAGUCCAGAGAGCGCCUUCAAAGAAAAUUACAAGCGGCUUUAAUAUCACGUAAAGAAGCACUGAAAGAAAAUAAAUGUCUAAAAGACCAGAUUGAUAAGCUGAUGUUGGAAAGGGAAGAACUGGUGAACAAGACAGGUAUGCUUGAACACUUGUUAGAACUUGGUAGAGAAAAACAAAGUUCGAGUACUGCUUCUCCAUUGUCUGAAGAGGAGAGCCUUGUUUCUGAAAAUGCUAGACUGUUGACUGAAAAUGAAAACCUCACUGCGGCAUGUGAAAGUCUUAAAUCCACCAUGGAGACUAUAGUUCAGGAAAAAGAAGCCUUUUCUUUUCAACUAAAUACCUUAAAAGAUUCUCAGACAGUUGAAUUAACAGGAUGGAAGGCUAAACAUAGUGAAUUAAAGCAGGAGUAUGAAUCACUUCUUCAGGCUUAUGAGAAUAUCAGUAGUAAAAUAGCAGAUAUGAGGCAAGUUAUUGAUCUCACUAGAAAGGAGAAGCAAGAGGCAAUUCAAAGACUCAGGGAAGGAGAAUCUGAGAAGGAGGCUCUUGAGAAGCAUUUGCAAAAACUUGCUGAUGAAAAUGAAGUUAUUAAGAAUCAGCUGAAACAACUUAGUGAAUCCAAGAAAAUGGAAGUUGAUGAAUUACAAAGUAAAGCAGAAAGGCAGAUCCGUGAGCAGGAGGCAAGGAUGCAGGAACACCAGGGUCGUCUUCUUGAGCUCACUGAUCAGAAUCAUCAGUUAAUGGAGGAAAAUGAGCAGCUGAAACAAACCUCUGAAAAUUUAAAGCAGGCUUUAGAGAAGAUUCAGGAUGAAAAUGAUAUCCUUCAUAAUAACAUCACCAUAACUAAAGCAACUCUGGGAGAGCUCCAAGUUCAAAUGGAAGUCUACCAAAAUGAUAUGCAAUCUAAAAUCAGUGAUGCAUUGUGUGAAAAUGAAUCAUUGUUAAAGGACAUUAAUGUGUUAAAGGAUAAACUCUCUGAAAAGGAACAAGAUGAAGAAUUAGAAAAUGUACAAGAGAGUUCUUGCAAAGUAAAGAAUGAGAGAGAAUUUCUUGAGACAGAGUUGCUUAAUCAUGUUAAAAAAGUUGAUCUUCUUACUGAUAGAGUGAAAUCAGCACAGGUACAGAAUAACUUGCUAUUACAGCAACUGGAAGAAUUAAAGGCAGAAAAAUGUAAUGUGAUUAGAGAAAAAGAAGAACAGCAGUUACACCUUGUAAAAUUGUUUGAGGAGAAAGUGAAAAGUGCUCAGAGGGAUAAUAAUGGAAGUAAAACCAAAACAAAGGAAUUGCAAGAACUCUUAAGGGAGAAGCAGCAGGAGAUAAACCAUUUGCAAAAGGAUUCUAUAAAGUUCCAGGAGCUGAUCCUGGAUUUGGAAAGAUCUGUGAAACUGUCACAGACAAAAAGUGAAAAAUUUGAAAAGGACUUAAGUAAUAUGUCAGAAAAGCUUGCAAAGUCAAAUGAAGAAGUGCAUCACCUCAAAGGACAGCUUUCUUCACAGAUGGACUUGUUGGAUCAGUCAAAGAAUGAAGUAGACAGGCUUAGAGAUGAGAAUCUAAGACAUAGUGCACUUGAGAGAGAAAGAGAUAGGACGAUUAGUGAGAUUCGUGGUUUGCAAGAGGAAGUUAGCAUUAAAAACUCUCAAAACAAGAAACUUCAAGCAGAUUUGAAUGCUGCUUUGGCACGAUUAGCAGCUUUUACGAAGUGUAUGUCCUCUCUUCAGGAUGACCGGGACAGGGUGAUCGCUGAAAUGAAAACCUGGGAAAUGCAGUUCAAAGAGGCCAUCCAAAAUAAAGAGAAACAGAUAGAAGACAGUCAUAAAAGAAUAAUGUCUUUACAAGAUGAAUUGAAAGACAAAAUUACUCAGAUUCAAGAAUUGAGUAUCAAAUAUUCUGUGGUAGAGGAGACAAAGGGUGAACUGUACUUGAGGCAAAAAUCAGUUGAUGCAGAAUGCUAUAAAGAGCUCUGCAGGAUCAAGGAAGAAAAUAGGUUUUUUUUAACCAGGCAGCAAGAAUUGGAGAGUAUUCUUCAGUCAAAAGAAGCAGCUUUGCAAGCACUCCUUAAAGAAAAUAAUUCCCUUAAUCACCUCAUAGAGAAUAGUAAAAGUACAGGAAGAGAGAUAAAAGCUCUGGAAAGUGAUUUUACAAGACAGGAACAAGAAUUGCAACAGCUCCUAGCUGAGAAGGAAAAAAAUAAUGCUGAAUUGCAAAAGCAGAUUACCAUUUCUGAGCAAAUGAAGAUCAUGCUAAAUAAUAAAGACAAAGAAAUUUCCUUACUCAUUUCUUCAAAAGGUGAUGAAAUUUCUAACUAUCUGAUUGAGGUACAGAAUCAACACGAAAACCAAAUCAAAGAAUAUGAAUGUCAGUUAAGGUCUUUGCAGAUAGAGAAACAACAAUCUGCGGAGUCCUGUCAGAGAUUGGAAAAUGAAUUAAGAAAUCUCCAGAUGAAGGCAGACAAAGCAGGUCAAGAUAAGGCUGCAAUUGCCAAUGAAAUAGAUGCCUUUAAAAAAUCCAUGUCAUCUCUUCAGAAUGAUCGGGAUGAUCUUUUUUCUAAAUACAAAGAACUGGAACAGCUUCACCAAGAUGUCUUAAAUCAGCAGGACAGCAUUAUAGUUAGCAAUGCAAGUGAGAAUAAUGCUCUAAAGCAAGAAUUAAGGAUACUUCUCAAUCAGAUAGAUGAUCUUCAUUCUGAAAAUGCAAUGCUAAGUGCACAGCUGAUAAAGUACAGGGAAGAUCUUAACCAAGUUUUAUCUCUGAAAGACCAUCAGCUGAAAGACUUACUUAAGCAGAAAUUGGAUUGCAUUAAAAGCCUUGAACAAGAAAAAUACAAUCUUCAAAAACAAAUAAAAGAAGUGCAACUUUCCAAUGAACUGCAAAAGGAUACGGCUCUAUCUUUGGAACACGAAAAUAAAAAAUUAGCGUCUAAAGUAAGUGAUUUGGAAUCUUUAAUUGCAUCAUUAAACAAAGAGAAGCUUGUUUCUGAAUCAGGAGAGAAACUGCUAACUAGUGAUAGUGUUCAGAAAAAAGAAUGUGUAUCAACUGGGCAGUAUGGAGAGAAUCUUCAGAAGAAUCAAGAACUCCAGAAAUCAAGAGGCAGGAAUACUAAGGAUGCAGAUGAGGCAUACAGUAAGACUCUUUUGACACUUGAACAUGGAGAUGAACCUGAUGCUUUUGCGGAGAAGAUGGUAUUAGAAGUUCAAUCUCAAAAUAGUGAGCUGAGGUCCCAAAAUGAGGCCUUUGGGAAAGCAAUGACUGCUCUGCAAAAUGACAGAGAUCGAAUAAUAGAGGACUUAAAGAUACUUCAGAGCAAAUACACGUCUGAACUGAAGAUGGAAAAAAAGAAAGGAGAUGAACUUGAAGCUAAAUUGGAUGGCUUUAAAUUGCAUCUUAUCAGUAUGCUCAAAGAAAAUUCUCUUCUGAAUAAGGUUAUUUUUGAUGCUGCAGAUAAGGUUACACUUGAUCAGAUUGCUGAUGAAAUUGAAAAUCUCUGUAGGACGUUAGUUAGUCGUGAGAUGGAGAUUAGCAGGCUCUCAUCUAAGUGUGGGAAUUACGUCCACCAGAUUGAAGCGUUUUCCAAGGCUAUGGCCAGUCUUCAGGAUGACCGAGACAAAUUGCUGCAGGAACUCAGCAGUCAGAAGGUAACUUCUGAAACAAGCAGGGCACAGCUUCAUUUCACGUUGGUUGCAACAGCAUCAAUGAGAUAA